AUGCUCAAAGUUCACAGAUGUAGAACUACCAACCGUUCAGAAACAGAGGAUUGCCAAGAGGAAGAGGUAACCAAAGAAGAGCAAGGAGGCCACGGGGACCCCGUGGUUAACCAAGAGGGAGGCCACAGGGACCCCGUGGUUAACCAAGAGGGAGGCCAGAGGGACCCCGUGGUUAACCAAGAGGGAGGCCAGAGGGACCCCGUGGUUAACCAAGAGGGAGGCCACAGGGACCCCGUGGUUAACCAAGAGGGAGGCCACGGGAACCCCGUGGUUAACCAAGAGGGAGGCCAGAGGGACCCCGUGGUUAACCAAGAGGGAGGCCACAGGGACCCCGUGGUUAACCAAGAGGGAGGCCACAGGGACCCCAUGGUUAACCAAGAGGGCGGCCACAGGGACCCCGUGGUUAACCAAGAGGGAGGCCACAGGGACCCCGUGGUUAACCAAGAGGGAGGCCACAGGGACCCCGUGGUUAACCAAGAGGUAGGCCAGAGGGACCCCGUGGUUAACCAAGAGGGCGGCCAUCGAGUAGCAUGA